CUUGGGGGCGGUAACCACUCUAGAUCCAUGUCACUGGCUUAAGACUUUCAGUGUUGCUAGAUAUUGAUACUCACACUCAGUUUUUACACGUUUAUCUGUCCCUAAGCGCCCUGCUUAGUGACAGAUUUACAUAAGAAUAAAUGAUCAAAAAUGACCACCUGUGUAGUGAAAUCCAGAACAAAGAAUCCGUAUGCAGCUGUGCAGGUAGACCCAGACAGUGACUACAUCACACCAGGAACAUUAGACCUGGAGCAGCUCUUAUGGACCGGCACCACAGCUCAGUAUACUCAUGUUAAUCAGGUCUGGCCAAGAAUUUACAUCGGAGAUGAGAAAACCGCUCUUGAGCGGCCUGGGCUCAGGGACCUGGGUAUCACUCAUGUCCUAAAUGCAGCAGAAGCCAAGUGGAACAAUGUUCUAACCGGUGCUAAUUACUACAGUGACCUGAACAUCCAGUACUUUGGUGUGGAAGCUGAUGACAAACCCUCCUUCAACAUCUCCCAGUACUUCUUCUCAGCAUCAGAGUUUAUCUGUGAGGCCCUUAGCCAGCCACAGAAUAAGGUGCUGGUUCAUUGCGUGAUGGGACGAAGCCGAUCAGCCACUCUGGUGUUGGCGUACCUGAUGAUGAAGCACAACUUAACUGUAGUGCAAGCGAUCGAGCAUGUGCGGCAGCAUCGCUGCAUCCUGCCUAAUCACGGCUUCCUGAGACAACUCAGAGCCCUGGACAUCACACUGCAAGAGGACAAGCUGAGACGCAAAAGAGAAAUGGAAGACCAAGAAUGCAAAACAGAAACAUGAUGUACAGUACCUCUGUUCUUUACUUGUUUUGAUAUAGCAUGAUUUGAAUACAAAUGUACAUUUUUCUCAUUAUUAUAUUGUCAUUGCCUUCUUCUUCUAAGCAUGUUGCAAGAAUUUCUGUUUAUUUUUCAAUCCCAUAUUUAAAUAGACUUUAUUUAUUUAUUUUGGUGAAGAAUAUGCAAUACUUAAUGCAUGUUUUUUUUGUGAUAUAUUUGGUACUAUAUCGCUUUAUUUUAAAUAUGCGUACAAUAAAUAGGUUUGGGUGGUUACCUGGGCCAUCCUGUUGCUGAGACCUAACAUUUGUCCUGCACUCUCCUCUGUAACCCUGUCAGAGUCAUUGAAAUGCAUUUUCAGUUUAA